CUCUCAGACGCAUGUGUGCUGUGACGAGCCUGUGAGAUAAGCAACAAGUUAAUGGCUCUGUGGGUAAACGAAACAGAAAAAUCAAGGGUCUCAGACUGUUUUGGUUCUCAGUAGCAACUGACUGCCUGAAAACUUCCAAUGGAGCCAACAAAUAUACAGAAAGCUAUAGCUGUAGCACAGAAAGCCUCCCAGGAGGACCAGGCUGGGAACUUCACAGAGGCUAUCAAAUCUUACCAACACGCUGUCAAGUACUUCCUGCACAUUGUAAAACGUGAACCACAGGGUAAAGAGGGCAACCAGAAGAUCAGGGAAAAGUGUCAACUGUACCUGGACAGAGUGGAAGAACUACAGGAGUAUAUCGAAAAUAAAGAGAAAGCCAUAGAUCUGGCCAGCAAGGCGGCCCAGGAGGAUAAAGCUCAGAAUUACGACGAGGCCCUGCGUUUAUACCAACAAGCUGUUCAGUACUUCCUACACGUAGUGAAAUAUGAAUCCCAGGGCGAUAAAGCCAAACAGAGCAUCAGGGCCAAGUGUGCCGAGUACCUGGACAGAGCAGAGAAGCUCAAAGAAUACCUAAAGAAGAAAGAGAAGGCUCCACCUGCCAAGCCUGUGAAGGAGUCCCAAGCCGAUGACAAAGGGAAUGAGAGUGAUGAAGGAGACAACCCAGAAAAAAAGAAGUUUCAGAACCAACUUUCAGGGGCUAUUGUUAUGGAAAAGCCAAACAUCAAGUGGAAUGAUGUUGCCGGAUUAGAGGGAGCCAAAGAGGCCUUGAAGGAAGCUGUUAUUUUGCCAAUCAAAUUCCCACAUCUUUUCACGGGCAAAAGAACGCCGUGGAGGGGGAUCCUACUCUUCGGUCCUCCUGGAACAGGGAAGUCCUACCUGGCUAAAGCUGUGGCCACAGAGGCCAACAACUCCACCUUCUUUUCCAUCUCCUCAUCUGACCUGGUAUCCAAGUGGCUGGGAGAGAGUGAAAAGUUGGUAAAGAACUUGUUCACCCUUGCACGGGAGCACAAGCCCUCCAUCAUCUUCAUAGAUGAGAUAGACUCGCUGUGCGGCUCCAGGAGUGAGAAUGAGAGUGAGGCAGCUCGCCGCAUCAAGACAGAGUUCCUGGUUCAGAUGCAGGGGGUUGGGAAUGACAAUGAUGGUGUACUGGUGCUCGGGGCCACCAACAUCCCUUGGACGUUGGACUCUGCUAUCAGAAGACGGUUUGAGAAGAGGAUCUACAUCCCCCUGCCCGAAGAACACGCCCGCACCUUCAUGUUCAAGCUCCACUUGGGCGCCACACCCACCAGCCUCAACGACUCUGACUUUGUCACCCUGGGAAAGAAGACAGACGGGUACUCAGGGGCUGACGUCAGCGUCAUCGUCAGAGACGCGCUUAUGCAACCAGUCAGAAAAGUUCAGUCAGCCACUCACUUCAAGCGGGUACGAGGGCCAUCGAGAGACAACCCCGACAUCAUGGUAGAUGACCUUUUGACCCCAUGCUCUCCAGGAGACCCGAAUGGCAUCGAGAUGACAUGGAUGGAAGUCCCUGGGGAAAAGCUAUGUGAGCCAGUUGUUUGUAUGUCUGAUAUGUUGAGAUCCCUGACCAGCACAAAGCCAACAGUCAAUGAUCAGGAUUUGGACAAACUGAGAAAAUUCACAGAGGACUUUGGACAGGAGGGCUAAAUUGGGUCAUUUUAGCCAAACCAAAGCAAAUAUUAUUGAUUGUCAAGUGUUCCUUCUCUCCUCUCUGUCUUAUUCACACUCUCCCCCUCAGGCUCUGUUGGCUUAUCACAUGACUGCUCUACUAAUAGAAAUAUAAUUACUAGAACGGACCUCUCCAUUUAAGUAAUCUAUUUCUUUGGCUCGACUGAGCUUGGUCCAUUGACCACAAGGGGUUAAACAAAGACUGGUAUUUUCUUAGAUGCUCCCCAUGUCCAAAGGAUUAUGGAUCUCUUCACAUGUCUGAGGUAGACUAGAUUGGUGAAUGGAAAGCUACAUGGCAAGUAGGAGCAUUGGUGCAGCACCUUGGGCUGAAUCCUAAUAUGUAAACAAUGCUCAACUCGAUCAUUUGCAUACAUCAUGCUUUGAAGUCAAUGGGAGUUUGAUCUGGAAAUUGCCGAUACAAGCAUGUUAACAAAAUUAGCAUGCUUCUCUUUGUAUAGAGUGCUUAUUUAACUUGCGCAAUAAAUAUCUGAGCUAAUUUUCCAAUUACCCAUCCAAUUUCCUUCAAUCAAAUUGCACUUCGCUUUUCAGUGUGAGCACCGAUAUAUUCCACUUCUUUUUGUACAGGAUAUUUUUCAAAUAUUAUUGGUGGAAUUUAUGACGGUGUCAAGGUGAUGAGAAUUACAUGGGUUUGGAUACUUGAAGCACAGCAAAUGUACAGGUGUAGGAUCUUAAUUUUAUCACUCUGUUGCUGCAGGAAAUGCAAACUUCUUGUAUAUUCAAGGUUUAAAAAUACUUCUCAAGUUUGUAAUUUCCACUUUAAAAUGUCAGACUUGAUUUGCCCUAAGGAAAAAUGUAUCAACACCUGUUGUUGCAGGAUUAAUUUCCUGCUCUGAAGAACUGGUCAUAUUAAGAUCCUGCAUCUGUAUGUCAUUCUACAUACAGACAUUUGUGGGGCUUCGGCUACGGUUAGAAUAAUUUACACACUCUGGAUGGAAGUUGCUUUGGGACAUAUUUUAUAUGUACAUUUGUUUUUCCCCUCCAGAAGAAAGGCUACUCUGUUCAUUGUCAUUAUGAUUCAAACUGUCAGGAUCAUCAACGUUACUGGACCAGAAAAACCUUUAUAAUAUAGUCACGGAUUCAAUACUUUUUUCCCCCUGACCAUCCACACACUCUACAUGUAACCCCUUUGCUGAUCUUCCUAACAAGAACUAGAAAGAGAUGAUGCUGUACUGAGAUCCAGUCAAACUGUCUUAACAGUGUUGAAGAAACAACACGACUGAUAUGUUGGUGUGAAUGGAAUUUUGUGGGUAGCCUGAAAUUGACAUUUUAGGCACAAAAGAACACCCUCAUGGCAUGUCCUUUUUGUUAUUGCAUUGGAAUGCAGUUCCAAGCAGGUACUUGGUUAUUACCUUUUAAGAUGUGGCCAUUUUAAGUGGAAAUGCACACCAUGUGCCUUCUAAACAAGUAGCAAGAUCAUAUACAUUGUUAUUUUUAUUUUUUUUGGAAGUUGAUAUCCAGUAAGACACAGCUAUAUUGUGUAUUUUGUCAUUGAUGCUAUGAAAUAUAGAUUUGCACAUUUCAUGUAAACUGGCUUUUAGAGGUUGUGUAUCUCUGCUCUUAGUGUUGGCAUUCUUAAGAAUUUCAAGGUGUUGGGUACGUCUUUGGUGUGGUCCCAAUUUGUAAGUCGCUCUGGAUAAGAGCGUCUGCUAAAUGACUUAAAUGUAAAUGUAAAUGUCUUCACUUUACUGUAAAACAUGUCUUGUAGAGAAUGAUACAGUAUAUCAGCGAGUGGAAAUGUCAUCAGAAUUCCUCUGCCAUGCAUAUGUAAAUAAAUGUCAUAUUAAGAUUUGA